CUUGAUGCGCGCUUUCUCGCGUUGGUCUUUGGUUGGUGGAUGGUAGUUUACCCAUGCGUCAGGGUCGGAGGGGGCGGCAGGUGCCGUGGGGAAGGGGUAGAGGCGGAGGGCAGCGAGGGGGACGCUGGAGAGGAGGGCACGGUGGUCGAGGGCAUCACCGCAUUCAUGCACUGCUUCCUGUCCACCUCCUGUUGUAGUGAUGGUGGCGUGUGUGUGGUGGCUUACUAGUAGGUCGUCAAUGCGGCUCAUGUGUGGUGCCGUGGCUUGAUCUUGUAGGUACGUGUGGGGCCGGGGGUGUUCGUGCGUGGGCGGUGUGAGUGGGUGCAGGCCCGCCGAGGUGGUGAAGGCAAUGUGGGCGCGGUCCGUAGCGUUCAGCUCGCCCGUGCUGCGGUCAGAGGGGAACAGCACUGCGUUCCAGUCGCCUCCCAUAAGGAGAUGCUCUUUAGCGGCUGUCGUUUUGGCGGCUUGGUCGGUGCAGUAUUUGUAGAUUGCAGCGCGGAUGGUGGCAUCGCUGGGGGCGUAUAUGCCGAUGGCGUGUACUGGCGUGCUCUGGGGUGGUGCAAUGCGUAUGUGGCAGACAUGGCCUGCCAAGCGUGCGUCUGUGUUGUGGGCAUUCAUGUCCGUUGUGCCGGACGGGCGGCUAAAGCGGUGGGUGACACCGACCAUGACGCCGGCAUGUGGGCGGGUUCCCUCUCGUGGGUUGUAGGGUGCGUUGCUGGUGUAGGUUUGGUAGUGCGAGGAGAGGCCCUUUUUCGCACUGCCCAUACUGUAGUGGAGGCGGGUGGGAAUUUUGGUUUCUGUGAGGAAGAGGAUGUCCGGGGUGUGUGUGGUGACCGUGUGGAGGAUGCUUUCAUGGUGGCUCAACAGUUCCCUGGUGUUGAGGGUGAGGACAGAGAUGCGCCCGUCAGGGGGUGGGGAGGGGUUGGUCUGGGCUUGGCCGGUUGCGGGUUCGCUGGGUGUGGUUUGGAGUGUGGCCUCGUGUUUCCUCUUGUGCGCCAUUGCUAUGGUGAUCUGUUGGGGCUUCUUGGCUGGUGGUGGUGCACUGGGGGCGCCUGUGCUGAGCUUGCGUAGUUUCGGCAGGGGGUUAUGUGUACGCCUAGCAGGGCGUUUUGUGGGGCCCGCUGGUUUGGGCUUGGCGCGUGCGGUUGUGUUGGUCUGUGUAGCGGGACCAGGAGCAAUUGUAGGUGGGCCUGGCGGUGGUUUGGUCGUAGCGGGGGCAGCAUUGGGGGCAGCGGCGGGGGUAGUAGAGGGGUUAUGCGGGAGGGCUGCGGGCAAGGGGUUGGUUGUAGUUGCAGUGGGUUGCCCAACGGUGUGGCCAUCUGGGUCGUGUUUGCGUUUGGUGCCUGCCUGCGGGCGGGUGCUGGUGGCGGUGCGAACAGGGGUGAGGCGGAUGCCCUCGUGUGAGAGGGUGACGCGGGUGGUGGGGGGCUUGAUUGUCGGGAUGUCCCGGAUGUUGAAAUCGGUGGAGAUUUCAGGGUGCCGUUGGUAGGUGAGGGUUAGGGCAAGGCCGCGCCCUAGGUCCGUCCAUCGGUAGUAUCCAGGUUGCACCGUGUCGGCAUUCGUGAGGGGAAUGGCGCGUGGUGCGUUGGAGUCAUGCAACCACCAGCGGCUGUUUGCCUGUUUCACGGUUCGGGCGUGGCCACCUUGGAUAAGGAUAAAGCCAAUGUGGCGGGAUUCAGAGGGGAUGGCAUUGAGUGCUUCACGUUGGGGUAGGCCGCCAGGGAAGGAGCAUGCCGUGAGCUGUACGUGGGGGACGGCUGGCAGGGGGGAGCAGGUGGUGACUUUGAGGCAGUGAUUGAGAAGGCCAUAAUCUAUACUGUUGGCGGUUAGGUACGUCGCCCAUGUAGGCACGGAGGCCGGGGAUUCACGGUGGAGGAGCUGACACACCCGUUCCCAUUCGGCAUGUAUAAUGGCGGGCGUGAGGAGGCGUUUUCCAAGCAGGUUGUUAAUUGCGUGAAUGAGACAGGAGCGGUUGUCGCGCUGUCUGUCGUGUAGGUGCAUUGCUCUGACAACAGGGACGGCUGAUUUGAGGCGUGUGCUCUUGCUGCCGGCGUGUCUGUUUGGUGUGGCGAGCAUCGGUGUUGGUGGUGGUUGGCGGGCGCACCCGCGAGCGAGCAUGUAGCUGAGAGUCCACAAUAGAACAAACGCCAAACUAAUUGCUGUGCUGUGUUGCUGUUUACUCUCGGCUUGCUCUGCCGCGAUGCCCCAGCUUACUUCGCCAAGAUUGCCCAGCGUGAUGGCAGGGAAGGAGUUGAGAGUGUUAUUCUUAUAGUGCUCAUCGAGUGGACCUGAUUUCGUGCAGAGCAAGCCGGGAUGCUGAAUCUCGACGCGUCCCUGCUCUGCUCUACUGUUUCCCCAAGUGCUCUGGGCAGCGAGCUCAAAAUGGAGGUUGUUGCUGGUUUUGCUCGUGGGUGCGCAUUGACAGGGCGGCUCUGAGCUCAGGCAUGUCCUGGGCUCGGUCGUUGCCAUCCAGCUCGCUAUUGCUGGCUGGGUCCAUUUGCGUGGUGGUUCCACGUUAAUGGAGUUGGUCAGAGUGCCAGUGUGGCGAGGGGUCGGUUCCCCUAUCUCUGCCAUUUUGUUUCGCCAAGGGCAGCGGGUCGAUUGUGCCAGUGCCAGCGAGCCGAGCUUUUCUGCGUGGGUUGCCAGAGUUUGCCAAGUUGGACGUCGUUGCCAACAGAGUUGGCAGCAGGGAGCGCCUGCCCGAGAAUGGUCAAACUGGUCAACUUCCAACGCGCU